AUGUCUAGCGUGAUGAGCCUCAUGCUGCUCUUCACAUCGCUGCUGCUCUUGGUGAGCAACCACCACGUCAUCGGCUUGCGAAGAGGAGGCAUCGCCGAGAAGGAGGCCCGAGGCAGCUUCUUGGAACCCGACCCCUCCCGCUGUGAAGAAGAGAUCAGGUUGCUCAAGAGGAAGAUACAGGACAGCUGCGAAGAGGACCAGCAGAAUGGCAAGACGGUUUCGGACGGAGGCUGCGAAGCCGAGGCUGAAGCCGUUGUCAGCGAUGGGGACUACGAGGUCUGGAGCCAGAGCUUGGUGAAGUGCGGGCCGGAGAAGACACACCUCUUGCUUUGGAGCGGCUAUCAAGAUGCAGAGUGUGAGGAAGUCCUGCGGCCACUGCGACAAGAGGGCGGCUGUGUCCUUCAAAGCACGGAGAAUUCGGACACGCGGCUUGGGCGGCUCCUGAAUGCUCCCGGCGUGAAUACUCUAGAGUCUUGCAGCUUUCCGAAGGUCAAAGCCUUCUGGGUUGGUGCAUCCAGGCAGUUCGCCAGCACCUGGGCGGCGAGGUCCCAAGAAGUCAGCGUCGCGAUCGGCUAUCACAUUCAGGAAGGUGACCGUCACCUUCACGCACCCUGGCAUGACACCGAUCGACAUUCACGCAGCAACUUCGGUCAUUUACGAGAGGGCGCGCUUGCUGUCGCCAGCCCGGAGAAGUUUCAGGAGACCACGGCGUUUCACUACGGCUCCUGUGCCAAAGAAACCCUUGCAUCCUGCCAACAUCAUAGUCUCCUCGACCCCGAAGAUGCUAGUUUCUUCUCCCAUCUCGCGGUCAUGUACUCCCAGGGCUGGGGGGUGGCUCGCGAUUUUCUGGAGGCACGGAGACUUAUGGAACUCGGUAUGGAGAGGGGCGACGCUGUGGCCACCACCGCGCUUGGACUCGCAUACCAGACUGGGCAAGGUGUAGCCCAAGACUUGCGCAAAGCCAAAUGGAUGUACGAGCUUGCCAUCAAGAAGGGCGACAUCGUUGCCUUCAGCAGGCUUGGAUACUUGUACGAGACUGGACAAGUUGUAGUCCAAGACUUUCGCAAGGCCAAGGAAUUGUAUGAGAUUGGUAUUGAACAUGGCGACGAACUUUCCAGGACUAGACUUGGAAUGUUAUACGAGAACGGGCAUGGUGUAGCCCAAGACUUCCACAAAGCCAAAGAGCUUUAUGAGGUUGGCAUGAAAAAUGGCGACGACCUUGCCCUCGUCAGGCUUGGAGUUUUGUACGAGUCUGGACACGGUGUGGUCCAAGACUUUCGCAAGGCCAAAGAAGUUUACGCAUCAGGCGUCGCGAAGGGCAGCACCAGCGCCAAAACUUGCCUCGGGCACUUGUACCAGUACGGCCUCGGGGUGACUCGCGACCUUCAGGAAGCACGGAAGCUGUUUGAGCUGGCCAUGAACGAGGGUGUACGGCAAGACUUCCACCGGGCCAACGAACUGUAUGAGAUUGGCAUCGAAGGAGGCAACGCCGACGCCUUCGCUUCCCUUGGGCACAUGUACUGCCACGGCUUGGGGGUGGCCCGUGACUUUCACAAGGCGAGGGAGCUUUUGGAAGCGAGCCUGCAACGGGGAUGUCCCCGCGCCGCCACCGACCUCGGCAUCUUAUACGAGAACGCGCAAGGCGUGGCCCAAGAUGUCCACAAGGCCAAAGACUUGUAUGAGAUGGGCAUCAAAAGUGGCGACGACCUUGCCCCAGAGCAUCUUGGACACAUGUACCGCGAUGGCCUCGGGGUGGACCAGGAUUGGAAAAAGGCCAAAGAAUUGUAUGAGCUGGGCAUCGAAAGGGGUAGCACUUCUGCCAUGUGGUACCUGGCCUUUCUCUACAGGAACGAGUUGCAUUCCGAUGAGCUGGCGUGUGAAUGGAUGGCCAAAGCGAAAGAUGCUGACAAACUGGCCGAAUG